AUGAAGACCCCCAAAGAUGAUGAUGGGACGUCACCAGAGGUCCCCAUUUCAGAGCCUUCCACCUUCAAUGGCAACACCUUCUACAGCGAUAAUGUGCACUCACUGCUCUACCCGUACGGACCCAAGUAUCAAGACAGAAGAACCCCAAAGGCAGAUGAUGGGGCAUCUCCUCAGAUCCCAAUCUCUGAGCACUUCUUGUUUUAUGCCAAGAGAUAUCAGUCCCUUUAUGUUAACAAUAAUGGCGUGGUAUCAUUUGGCAAACCCGUCAGCCAAUUUACCCCUGAUCCCUUUCCCCUGAUUGAUGGCCGGGCUUUUGUAGCCCCGUUUUGGGCUGAUGUCGAUAACCGCAUCACAGGUGAGGUGUACUAUAGGCAGAGCCAAGAUGGUCGUCUGCUACAGAGAGUCACGGAUGACAUCAACACGUACUUUCCGAAUGAAAGGUUCACUGCAACCUGGGCCUUCGUGGCCACCUGGGACCAUGUGGCUUUCUAUGGAUCCUUGUCCUCUAAGGUGAACACAUUCCAGGCUGUUUUAACCUCCAAUGGUGAACUGUCUUUCGUUAUGCUGAACUAUCAGGACAUCCAGUGGAUAUCAGGGCAAGCAAGUGGUGGAGAUGUUUACACCGGCUUGGAGGGCACACCUGCUCAGGCUGGAUUUAACAAUGGAGAUGCCAGCAACUACUUUAACAUCCCUGGAUCUUGGACUUCAAACAUCAUUAACAUCAGCUCAAUGAGUAACAUCAUGGACCCUGGGCGCUGGGUUUUUGAGGUGGAUGUUUUUGCAGUGCCCAAUGGCUGUGUGUACAAAGGGAUCACUUGUCCGGAGAACAGCCAUUAUGAAGCUUGUGCUACAGCCUGUCCAGCCAGCUGCCUGGAUUCCACUGCCCCGCUUUACUGCGCUGAGCCUUGUAGGGAGGGCUGCGCUUGUAACAGUGGCUACAUCCUUAGCGGAGGAGUGUGCGUGCCCCUGAACCAUUGCGGCUGCACGUUGAAUGGCCGGUAUUACCAAGUGGGAGACGAGGCGAUCCUCACAGCGAACUGCAGCCAGAGAUGCUCCUGUCGGCGUACUUCCCAUCCCAUGGAGUGCCAGGCGCAUGCAUGUGGGGCUCAGGAAAAGUGCAGAGUUGUGGGCGGCAUAUUGGGCUGCUACCCCGACAAAUAUGGCCACUCCUGGGUAUUUGGAGACCCCCAUUAUGUCACGUUCGAUGGGGUCACAUUUGAUUACGAUGGAACCUGCAAGUACACCUUGAGUAAGUACUGUGGUCCGCCGGGCAACCUCUCUGACUUCACCAUCAAAGUGGAGAAUGAACACCGAGGCUCCCUUGCAGCAUCAUGGGCACGGCUGGUGGAGAUAGAUGUUUAUGGGGAGCACAUUGCCAUAGCGGCAGAUUACUAUGGCAAAGUCCAGGUGAAUGGGAUCCUGGUCAACCUGCCCGUUGUCCUCGCAUCAGGGAAGCUCUGUGCCUACUACAGUGGCUUCUCUGCCACAGUCCAGACUGAUUUUGGCCUCUCUGUCUCCUAUGACUGGUCUUACUAUGUGUCAGUUUCUAUACCCAAGAGCUUUUCUGGCUUCCUUUGCGGCCUUAGUGGAAACUUCAAUGGGAACCGGAGUGACGACUUCAAAAGCCCCAGUGGGUCUGUGGUUCGUGAUGCCAUCGGCUUUGGCACUAGCUGGAAGGAAGCCAGCUCGCCGUUCCACUGCAUGGUGGUGGGGUUUCCACCCUACUGUGAUGAAGCCCGGUACAGCUCUAUGAACUCCUGUGGAAUCAUCCGUGAUCCGAGGGGGCCAUUUAGACUCUGCAGUAAUCCUGCUGCUGCUCAGGUCCACUUCAAGAACUGUGUGAGGGACAUGUGCACCAUGGAUGGUGGCAGUUUGUGCAAGGUCCUGGGCACUUAUGCUCAGCAGUGCCAAAUUCAUGGAAUCACUAUUCAACCCUGGAGGGAGAGCACUGGGUGUGCUGUGCCAGCCAGCUGCCAGACCGGUUGUGUUGAAGGGUGUCACUGCAACCCUGGGCUUGUGCGGAGUGGCAUGGAGUGUGUGCCUCGUGAGCAGUGUGGCUGCACCUACAAUGGAAGAUACUACCUGGCUAAUGAAACCUUCUGGCAAGGAGAAAAUUGCCGGAGCAACUGCCACUGUAACACCACCACUCAUGCCAUUGAAUGUGUCAACUCCUCCUGUGGUCCUGGCAAGUUCUGUGGCACUCAGAAAGGUGUUUAUGGAUGCCACGCACUGUCAAAUGGUGUCUGUUGGGCUUCCGGCCAUCUCCACUACACCACGUUCGACGGGCAGCAUUAUGAUUUCCAGGGAACCUGCAAAUACAUCUUUGCAGAAAAGUGUGGGACCUCCACAUCUUUACCCUUCUUUAGGGUUGAGGUGAAGAAUGAGAAGCUCCUCAAGAGUCUUUUGCUUGUGACCUCGGAGGUGUUUGUACAGGUGAACGCCCAUCAGAUACAUCUGCAGAGAGGGCACCAGGGGACCAUAAAGAUUGAUGGAAUAAUUGUGAACCUUCCAGUAAACCUUAAUCAAGGAGAAAUGGUAAUUUAUCAGCAUGGAAUGUACACAAUGUUGAAAACAAAGUUUGGCCUGACCGUGAGCUACGACCUGGACCACAGCCUCUUUGUCACUGUCCCUCCUGAAUAUAUGGACCACACCUGUGGGCUCUGUGGAAAUUUCAAUGGACAUGCCGACGACAACUUUGUGUUGCAAGACGGCUCUGUAGGGAAGGACCUCUCACACUUCACUGUGGCUUGGAAAUCGGAGACCAUCCCUGGCUGUGAUGAUGGCUCCUCUGACUUCUACCCAGGGUGCCUGGAAAAGAACCAGCUCAUUCAGGCAAAAUACAAGUGCUGGAUCAUCCAGAACCCCAGAGGACCAUUUGCUCCAUGCCAAUCUCAUAUUAACCCUGAGCCCUUUAUGUCUGAUUGCAUAUUUGAUCUCUGCCUCUCCUCAGGGGAUAGUGAUGUCCUGUGCCAAUCCAUUCAGAAGUAUGCAGCUGCCUGCCAGAAAGCAAACCUAAACAUCUCAGCCUGGAGGAGCAAAGAUUUCUGCUCUCUUCAGUGCCCAGAGCACAGUCACUAUGAGCUCUGUGACAGUCCUGUGCGUAAGCUCUGCUCCGGGACUUGGCUGCAGGACCUUGCUGUCUCCUCAUGCUCGGAAGGGUGCUUUUGUGAUGAUGGGUACUACUGGAGCGGCAACAAGUGUGUUCUGCCAGGGCAGUGUGGCUGCCUGCGUGACGGACGCUAUUACCAAGUUGGCGAUCACAUCUGGCUGCCUGGCUGUGCAAAAAAAUGCAGCUGCGAACCCCAUGGCAAUUUCCGCUGCUUUGUGGCUAAAUGUACCCCGGACCAGCCGUGCACGCUGAAAGACGGCCAGUGGGGCUGCCACAGCCUCUUAACCACCUGCGUGGCGACAGGGGACCCUCACUACUUCACGUUUGAUGGAGCAGUGGUGCAUUUUCAGGGCAUCUGCGACUACGAGGUCACUCACACUUGCAACUCCUCUCUGGAUUUCUCCUUCCGGGUUGUCACUGCAAACAGACAUUUCCGGAACCCCAGAGUGUCCUUUGUUUACAGAGUGGAAAUUUGGUUGAAUGCCCAGUUGACGAGUUUUCAUAUUGUCUUAGAGAGAGGCAAAGCUGUUCAUGUUAAUGGCAGAAGGACCCAGUUACCAGUCCGUCUGGGAUCCAUUGCUCAGAUCCUCAGACUGAGGCAAAUGUUGACUGUCAGAACAAAAACCAAUGUCGAGAUCCAAUUCAAUGGGGCCAGCAGCUUGUUCAUACGUGUGGGUCCAGAGUAUCAAAAUCAGCUAUGUGGGAUAUGUGGAAAUUUCAAUGGCGAUGCCACCGAUGACAAGGUCUUGCCCAGCGGGAAGAAAGCUCUAAAUGAUACAGAGUUUGGGAAUGCCUGGAUAUCAAACAGCAGUCUAGUGUGGUGUAGGAAUGACACCGAAGCCCUUAUCCCUUGUCCGAAACAACAUGUGUAUGAGCAGAUGUGUGCCAUUCUUAUCAAACGUUUGGGGCCUUUCUCCGAGUGUCACUGGCACAAAAGCCCCGCUCCCUAUUUUGAGUCAUGUGUUUAUGACCUCUGCCAGUAUGGACUGGGCAAUCGCAUGCUCUGUGCGGCCCUUGAAGCCUACGACGAGAUGUGCACCAUUAUUGGUGUGAAGGUGGCGAGCUGGCGGCAUGAGAUGGGAUGCGCUGCUGAUUGCCCAGCAAACAGUCACUACGAGCUCCAGAAGCCCCCUUGCCAGGACCUAUGCGCGGGCUCCACAUUUAAACAUCUCUGCAGCCCCCUGUUCUCUGAAGGGUGUGUCUGCGAUGAUGGGUACCUAUGGAGCGGAGGCGAGUGCGUUCGACCCGAGCAAUGUGGCUGUGAGAACAACGGACGAUACUACAAUGUUGGGGACCUUUUAUGGCUCUCAGGUUGCACACAAAGGUGCAGUUGUGAUGCUUCUUCUACCUUCCACUGCAUCUCAGCCAACUGUGGUCAUGGCCAGCAGUGUGCACUCAAGGAUGGAAAGAUGGGCUGCAAGAACCAGCUGGCCACUUGCACAGUGUCCGGGGACCCUCAUUACUUCACUUUUGAUGGGGCUGUGGCACAUUUCCAGGGUACUUGUGCCUAUGAGAUCUCAAAGACUUACAAUGACUCCUCUGACUUCUCCUUCCGGGUGGUGGCUGCUAACAAGAAUUUCCGGAGUCUCCGGGUCUCCUUUCUUUACCGAGUGGAAAUUUGGCUCAAAUAUAAGCAGUUCAGUUCUCACGUUGUUCUGGAGCUAGGCAAAGAUGUUCAGGUUGAUGGGAGACGGACCCUUUUGCCAACAUUGCUGAAUCAGCUUGCCAGCAUCACACAAAAAAGGAACGUGGUGACUCUGAGAGCACAUCCCAAUCUGGAGAUCCAAUACAAUGGCCGCCAUGUUUUAUUUGUCCGCGUAGGGCCAGAAUACCGGGGGAAGCUGCAUGGGAUAUGUGGGAACUUCAAUGGCAUUCGUAGGGAUGAUAAGGUCCUGCCUGAUGGGAAGAAAGCCAAGGAUGACUCUGAAUUCGCACCCACCACGUGCCCCGAGCCGUGCGUGGCAGGAUGUUUCUGCCAAGAAGGGCAUGUUCUGAACGCUGGAGUCUGCAUACCUCUGGGACAGUGUGGCUGCGGGCUGAAUGGCCACUACUAUAAGGUAGGAGAAGAAGUGAUCCUGACAGACACCUGCAGCAGGAGAUGCUCCUGCAAACAUCCUGGUCAGCCCAUGGAGUGCCAGGAUCAUACUUGUGGGUCUCGAGAGAUAUGCAGAAUCAUGGGGGGCGUACGGGGCUGUUACCCUGUGGAAUACGGCACCAUGUGGACAUUCGGCUACCUCCACUACAUCACGUUUGAUGGAGUUGCAUUUGACUAUCAAGGAGCCUGCAGGUACAUGCUCAGCAAAUAUUGUGGCCCUCCUGGGAAGCUCCCUGCUUUUGCCGUCCACUUGAACAAUGAGCACAAAGGCUCCAUUGCUACAACUUGGACCGGACUGAUAGAGCUGGACAUUUACGGGGAACGCAUCACGGUAGCUGGAGGACAGGAUGGUGAAGUGAAGGCACUGCACAGCUUCUGGUGUCAGAAGCACCUUAUGGGAAGUGUGCUGGUGAGGCAGAAUUGA